GACGUCAUGUCUGUACCUGAGGUUCUGGAUCCACAGUAUGGGAUGUACGUGUGGCCGUGUGCGGUGGUGCUGGCUCAGUAUCUGUGGACCCACAGGGACGAGCUGAAGGACAACACAGUGCUGGAGCUCGGUGCAGGUGUGAGUCUCCCGGGUGUGGUGGCCGCAAGAUGCGGUGCAAAGGUGAUUCUGUCGGACAGCGCCAGGACUCCGCUCUGUCUGGAGAACUGCAAGCGAAGCUGUGACGCUAACAAUCUCCGCGAUGUGGCCGUGUUGGGUCUCACCUGGGGGGAGGUCUCCCCGGAUCUCGUUCUGCUUCCUAGAAUGGACAUAAUCCUGGGAUCAGACGUUUUCUACGAGCCUCGAGAUUUCGAGGAUGUUCUUGUGACUGUUGCUUUUCUUCUGAGGAAAAAUCCCAGAGCACAGUUCUGGACCACGUACCAAGAGAGAAGCGCUGAUUGGUCGAUUGAACCGUUGCUCCGCAGGUGGAACAUGAACUGUGUUGACAUUCAGUUGGAAAACUUUGGUGCUGAUAAAUCUGAGCUGGCCGGAUCGACUCUGCCGGGCAGCCACAGUGUGCACAUGAUGAUCAUCACGCUGAACACACAGGAAUUGGACUGAAAAUGACAAAGUGUUUCCCAGAGGACGGUCCAGUGACAUCACACGAUCAUCGUCUCUGUGCGUCACCCGGUCAAGCAGAGUAAAGUUUUAUUUACAGACAAGAAGAAAAGGUCCCAUUCAACGUGUUUAUUAAAAUGUGUUUUAAACAUGAAUCCUGAUUAAAAUGUUUUGAAUCCCGA